AAAAAGGGAAAGAAAAAAAAAAAUUAAAUCGUCGCAAAUUCUCUGUUGUUUCAUUUCCCUUAGGUUUUUAAUGUCGUCGCAGAAUCUUUUGGCGUCGGUAACUCCGUCGCUGAAAGAAAUAGAAUCGGCGAUCAAACUCAUAGAUGUAAAAAAGGAGGAACUGAAGAAAGCGUUCGACGAUCUCCAAGCCAACGCUUUGCACCUCUCUUCUUUCUCUAUCUCCUGGUCCGACCUCGACUCUCACUUCACGGCAAUUCAGAACUCGGUAACUCAACGAUUCCGCAUCCUCGAGUCGCGCGAGUCCGCUGACCGUCCGGUUGGUGCCGUCCCCGUUUUGGAGCACACUCGGUGCUCAGCUCAGCCGCUGUCGGUGAAACAGAGAGACCAGUCUGGUUCGGAGCCGUUAACGAGACAGGACCGGGUUGAGUCUGUCACUGAUUCGAUUGCGAAUCGGCUUUUAAACCAGCUUGUACCGUUGAAUUUUGAGCAACCAUCGUCGUCAAAUUCAGUGGGAUUGCAAUCUAAUGGUUUAGCUCCGGCGUCGAGCCGAAUUGACUCGGUGGUGACUCGGCCGGAGCUGAAGGAGUUUUGUGAGAGAAUGGAUGGGAAGGGGUUGAGGAAGUAUGUCAAUGACCACCAAAAAGAGCGGGAAGCUAUUCGAAUGGAGUUUCCGGGUGCACUAAAGAGUGCCCCGGAUCCUGCGGCUAUGGUUUUGGAUGCAAUGGAGGGGUUUCAUGCAGAGAAUUCGCAGUCUAAAGGCGAUAAAGACCCGGAAUUGUUCGGUUUGAGGAGGGUUUGCGUGUUUUUGUUGGAGCAGUUGAUGGAAACUGGUGUAAGUUUUAGUGAUGAAGUGAGGGAGAGAGCAAAGCAGUUAGCUUUAGAGUGGAAAGGGAAGCUCAGGUUGAGCAGAGAUAACUCUUUGGAGACACUGGCGUUUUUGCAUUUAGUGGCAGCUUAUGGUUUGGGAGCUGUGGUUGAUAAAGAGGAGCUUGUUGGCUACUUUGUUAUCAUUGCUAGAUACCGGCAGGCUACAAUGUUGUGUAGGUCAAUUGGUUUAGGGGAGAAAGUUCAUGAUCUGAUUCAAAAGCUGUUAGAUAGUGGCAAACAACUUCUUGCUGUGAGAUUUAUAUUUGAGUUUGGGCUGGCGGAAAAAUUCCCACCAGUCCAUCUUUUGAAAGAAUAUCUGAAGGAGACAACAAAGCUUGCUAAGCAAGUGUGCAAGGACGGAAAAAACUCUCUUAAGUCACAGAAUGAGGCCACAGCCAAAGAAAUUGGUGCCUUGAAAGCUGUAAUUAAAGUAAUUCAAGAGCACAAGCUAGAAACUGAGUAUCCACAGGAGGACCUUCAGAAGCGUAUUGAGCAGCUUGAGAAGCAGCAGGCAGACAGGAAACGCCCUGCAGCAGCUCCUGCUGCCAAGCCUCAGCAGCAGCAGCAGCAGCAGCAGGCCAAGCAGCAGACAAAGAAGAAGAAGCUGGCACAGGUAAAGCAGCAGCAGAGUGGCAACAAGCGUCCUAGAACAUUUGCAUCUGCUGUUCCUAUGGCAGCACCGUUGGGUGUUGCUGGUGCAAGUUCAGCUGUUCCCCCAUUCCAGCCAUCACAUCUACAGCCAGCAGGUUUAUUGCCUGAUUGUUCUGCUGCAUAUUUGGGCUCGCCAGCCGGUCCUUAUGGCUUGGCAGGCUCUGCUACUGUUCCUCCUUAUGCAGGCUCAUCAGUGGGGUUAUAUGGUUUGGCCGGAGCCCCUAUGGGUUUCUCUAUGAAUCCAAACCCUGCUGCCUCCCAUUUAUAUCCUUAUGACAGACUGACUACUUACAGUGCAUACGGCUUACCACCACACUACCAUCCAUCUUACCAUCCACAGUAGCUGCUGUUACUGUUUUUUCGUUGCCAUGGUAUGCCUUUGGAUGCUAGGGCCCAUUGAGGCACAGGUUGCUGGAAAGCACUGCUGCUUCUUUGAUAACUGGAUGAUGGUAUUGCAUGAACUAGAUUCACCAUGACCAACUUUUGUAGACAUGGGGGAGGCUGCAUAGUAUUUUAUUUACCGAUCAUGUUGCUAAUUCCCCAGAAGAUUUACAAUAUAUUAUGAUUUCUUAUGAGAUGACGUAAUUUUCAAUGUUCUAGCCAUUUUUCUUUUAUUCAAUCUUCUAACUUCCACUUG